GGAUCUCCAAACCUGUGACACAGACCUGCAGAUGUGAGCAGUGGUCACAGCAAGGAGGAAGAUGGUUUUUCUGACAACUAAAAUGAUGCAAAGGUCGGCACUUUUUGUGACGUUUGGAGGUUUGGUCACCUGUCUGAUCACCACUUUUCUUCCUCUGUGGAAGACGAUGAACUCUGACCUGAAUGAGGUGGAGAACUGGUUCUCAGGACUGUGGCACAUGUGUCUCUAUACGGAGGAGGUGGGGAUUCAGUGUAAGGCCUAUGACACCCUCAUGGGACUGCCAUUGGACCUGCAGAUCUCCAGGGUGCUCAUGUUGGUGUCUGUAGGAACUGGAGGCUUGGCUCUGCUGGCUGCUUUUCCAGGACUGGAGGGGGUGGACAUAUGUGUCGGGCAGCCUGGCCUGAAGAGACAGCUCCUUAUUCUGGGUGGGGUGCUGUCCUGGGUGUCAGGGCUCACCACUUUGGCUCCUGUCUCUAUUGUGGCCUACACAACGGUGGUCGAGUUCUGGGACCAGGGUUUCCCUGAUGUGAUGCCUCGCUGGGAGUAUGGAGAGGCCAUGUUUUCAGGGUGGUUUGGAGGUUUGGCUCUGGUCACCGGAGGGACUCUGUUUUUUAUAUCUGUGUGCAUGGAGGACUUCGAUCAGAGACCACCGAGUGUGCCAAACAGUCCUCAGGUGAAGCACAGGAGCAAGCACUACCUGAAGACCGAGGUGUUAUAGACCUCUUAUUGUCUAAUGUGGAGGCCCGUCAGCUUGUGAGUGAAUAAUGACCUGUGAAGUAUUUGUAUGAUAAAGUCAAGAAUAACAUUUCUGACUUUAGUAACAUUAAAGCAACAAGGUUUUUACUUUUUGCUUGUAUUUCUUAGUCAAAUUGUCACUGACGUAUGAAAUACCUUUCUGUGAUGUCUUUUCUGUUUAAUGGAGUCACUUCUGGUUUUUAAGUUUUACAAAUUAUGACAGACAUUUAAAAUAAUAAUAAGCUGCUG